GUGCGAGUUUCCAGAUGUGCAGGUGCUGCUGCUGCCACCUCUGUCACUGCCGCCGCCUUUGCAGCUGCAGAGGAGGAGGUGGAGGAGGAGGAGAUGGAAUCCCCCAGUUCUGCCUCAGAUGUGUUCUGCAAUCGGAUCCUCAGCAUGGUGAAUUCAGAGGAUGUAAAUGCCAUCAUUCAGGCUCAGAAGAACAUGCUGGACCGAUUUGAGAAAACCAAUGAAAUGCUCUUGAACUUUAACAACCUGUCCAACGUCCGCAUGCAGCAGAUGAGUGAGCGUUUCACACACCAUACCAGGACAUUGAUGGAGAUGAAGAAGGACCUGGACAGCAUCUUCCGCAGGCUCAGGACUCUGAAAGCCAAGCUGUCAAAGCAGUACCCAGAUGCUUUUAGUCAUAUCCAUGAGUCUCCCAUCCUGGAAGAGGAAGAUGAUGAUGUGGACCCCAUCCCAGCCAGCUCAGCUACCACCAUUGCUACCUCAGAGCAGAGUACGGGGUCGUGUGACACAAGCCCAGAUAUUAUCUCUCCAGUCCUGAGCCCAGAUUUUGAAGAUUUAUCCCAAGGUCGGCUGGACUCCCCAGCUGUGAAUGGGGAGAGUCUGACAGGUGAUGAGGAUGAUGAGGAUGGUGGUGAGAGGGCCCAGGAGUAGGAGGAGCUGCCCUCUACCCCAAGUCCCAAGGAGUCAAUGCGUCAUAGGGUACAAACAGGAGGGCCUUCCCAUCUUCCAGCAUCCUGGAAAGGUGGUCCUGGCUGGUCCUCCCACAGCUUAGAACAACACACCUGGUGGGGGACAACUCCAGAAAGGAUUCUUCUCUGGCCUUUGCGGGCCAUGGAGCCAUGCCCCUGGGCCUGAAGUCAGAGGUUGGGGGUUAGGCCAGCCUCGUUGGGGGGAUGGUCACACAGUGGGUUUCCCCAGCUUUUUUUUGCUAAUGCUUUUCUGCUGGUAUCUUGCUCCCCAAGUUCCUUUCUUCUCUGUCCCCCAACCCCAGUUCCUAGUGUUUCUGCACAUAUGAAGCCAAGCUUGGGCUCUUCCAGACCUACUUCUAGGGGUCUUGGCAUCCCACAGGUUUGUUCUGAGCCCUGUGUUAACAAGAAAGCUCAUAGACUUGACUGGGCAAUGUGGCUCAGAGGCCGGUUGUCCAUAAUUCAGUGAAGUUGUUCCUGUUAGGAAAUCCAGAGCCAGGGCCCGACUCGGAAGCCACUGAUUGUGGCUUCAACUCAUGCUUAUGCUAACCCUUCUCCUUCCUGGUACAGACAGACAGACAAGACACACACACAAAUGCACACAUACACAUAAACACAGAAACAAAACAUGUACUUGGGCACAUAUACACACAUACAUAUACAUGUAUUCAUGCUCAUGCUUACACAUAUUAGGCACCAAGUAUUUUCUUCUGUUGGUACCUUUAGGGCUUGUUUGAAACGAGGAAAGUUUUUGAGAUGGAAGUUCAAAGGAAGUUGUUUACUCUCAUGGAUAGUGCUUGAGCAGAGACCAGCCACCAUUUAUUUUUCUGUGGAGAGAGGAGAAAGAACUACCAAGCCACUGCCUCCUCCUCCUCCUCCUCCUCCCCCUCCCUCAGGGCCCUCAGCCCAGUGGGUAGGGACAUCUUUGGAAAUAAAAGUUUAAUUGACUAUUUUUGUACCCUAAGUUUACACAUACUGUGGGGGAAAUAAAUAAAAUUCUCUGUUGCUACGAGGGUCAGGCUGAA